CAUAAGCCCUUCUUUCUAAGGAAACAGACAAAAGGACACUGGUGUAAAACUCCCGCAAACAAUUCAAUAGGAGGAAGUGCUCGUCACUGACUUUUCCCCCCACCAUGAAGGCACAUUUCCUUCCUAGUUUCUGCUGCUCUUAUCUGGGAGAAUUUUUUUUUCCUCCAAGCGAAGCAUGAACAGUUGUUAAGUGGAAAAUGGAGGCUGAAUUUUACAUGGCAGUUCUUACCUGCUUGCUCCUCGGGAACUCAGAUGGGUUUCAGAUUGUCCACGUCCAGAAACAACAGUGCCUUUUCCAAAAUAGGGUAGUGGUCAUGGGCUCGUGCAAUAAGACCAGCCAAAACCAGCAGUGGAUGUGGACUGAGAAUGAAAAGCUCCUUCACAUUAAAUCUACCCUGUGCCUGGGCAUCUCCAGUUCCUCUCGUGGCCCUUCCCGUGCAGCCAUCUUCACCCAGUGCUCCCAGGCACCCCGAUGGACCUGUUACGAGGAGGGAGGGUUCCUUGAGGUGGAGAAUGCCUCUCUCUUUCUCAAGAAACAAGGCUUCAGGGCAAUGGUCAAGAAAGGCAGGAAAUACCUCCAUAGCUGGAUGAAAAUAGAUGUCAACGAGAAGGGAAACCUGGUCAAUGAAAGCCUCUGCUUAAAAAAAGCUCACCUGGGAGCAGAAGCUUCAGUGAGAAGCACUAGAAACACCGAUCCUCCCCAAAUCCCCAGUACUUUUAAUGCAGUUACAUAUAGCACGGAAAACCUCGUUAGGAAUAUGACAAAGGCCUUCACCAGGAGUACUACAGAAAUCUACAGUCAAAGCAGCAAUAAGAGGCAGAGCCCCAGUAUGCAGACAACUGGAAUUACAGAGUCACCAUGGGUUCAAACGACUACCCAGAUGUUCUCCAGCACCACUGAAGAGACUGGACUGGUGGAGCCAGUGAGAUGCAACAUCAGCCUGACGGAGUCCAGGGUCUCCAGCCGGUCCGUGUUUCUCCGGUGGAGAACUUUGGGGUCACCCUGUAACUUUAGCCUCACCUGUAGCAAUGACACCGAGUCGCGCAACCCCGUGCAGAUAAACACCACCACCUAUGAAUGGAACUCCAAGGAUUUACAAGCGGGAACCACCUAUAACUUCACGAUUAUGUCUCAGGAUGGAGAAGAGAGAACUGUGGUCUUGCAAACAGAUCCUUUACCUCCUGCUAGGUUUGAAGUCAAUAAAGAGAAGACCACUUCAACCAGCUUGCACGUUUGGUGGACUCCUUCUCCUGGCAAAGUUACUUGCUAUGAGAUGCAGUUAUUUGAUGAUAAUAAGCAAAAGAUACAGGGGGUCCAAAUUCAAGAAAGUACUUCAUGGACCGAAUAUACUUUUUUUAACCUCACUGCUGGUAAUAAAUACAAUAUUUCCAUCACUGCUGUUUCUGGAGAUAAACGCUCCUCUACAAUUUAUACCAGUGGAUCAACAGUGCCGUCUCCAGUGAAAGAUAUUGGUAUUUCCACAAAAACCAACUCUCUCCUGAUUUCCUGGUCCCAUGGCUCUGGGAAUGUGGAACGAUACCAGCUGAUGUUAAUGGAUAAAGGGAGUCUAGUUCACAACAGAGUCAUGGACAAACAUGCUACUUCCUACACUUUUCACAGUCUGACGCCUGGCCACCUCUACAACCUCACUAUUGUGACUGAAGCCACGGGGCUGCAAAACUACAGAUCGAAACUAGUCAGGACAACCCCCAUGGAAGUCUCAAAUCUGAAGGUGACAAAUGAUGGCAGUUUGACCUCUCUAAAAGUCAAGUGGCAAAGACCCCUUGGGGAUGUGGAUUCCUACAACAUUACCCUGUCUCACCAAGGGACCAUCAGCAAAUCCGAAAUAUUAGCACCCCAAGUUACUGAAACUCACUUUGGAGACUUAACCCCUGGACGACUUUAUCAAGUUACCGUCAGCUGUGUCUCUGGUGAACUGUCUGCUCAGAAGAUGGCAGUUGGCAGAACAGUUCCAGAGAAAGUUGGGAACCUGAAGGCAAAUAGCAAUAGUUGGACGAGGUCCCUCGUAGUGAGCUGGUCGCCUCCUGCAGGAGACUGGGAGCAGUAUCGUAUCAUGCUCUUCAAUGGUUCUUUGGUGCUGCUCAACAUCACUGUGGGAAAGGAGGAAACACACUAUGUCAUGGAUGAUGUAGGGCUCAUACCAGGAAGACAGUAUGAUGUUGAAGUCAUUGUUGAGAGUGGAAACCAGAAGAAUUCCGAGCGUUGCCAAGGCAGGACAGUCCCCCUGGCUGUCCUCCAGCUUUGUGUCAAACAUGCCAAUGAAACCUCACUGAGCAUCAUGUGGCAGCCUCCUGUAGCAGAAUGGGAGAAAUACAUCAUUUCACUAACUGAUAGAGACCUCUUGCUCAUUCACAAGUUGCUCUCCAAAGAUGCCAAAGAAUUCACUUUUACCGACUUGGUGCCUGGGCGAAACUACAUGGCUACAGUCACCAGUAUUAGUGGAGACUUAAAAAAUUCGUCUUCAGUAAAUGGAAGAACAGUGCCUGCCCAAGUGACUGGCUUGCAUGUGGCCAACCAAGGGACAACCAGCAGUCUGUUUACUAACUGGACCCAGGCUCUAGGAGAUGUAGAGUUCUACCAAGUCUUACUGAUUCAUGAAAAUGUGGUCAUCAAAAACGAAAGUGUCUCCGGUGACACCAGCAGAUACAGCUUCCACUCCCUCAAAUCAGGCAGCCUCUACUCUGUUGUGGUAACAACAGUGAGCGGAGGGAUCUCUUCCCGACAAGUUGUGGCUGAGGGGAGGACAGUCCCUUCCAGUGUGAGUGGAGUAACGGUGAACAAUUCUGGUCGUAAUGACUACCUCAGCAUUUCCUGGCUCCCGGCACCUGGAGACGUGGAUAACUAUGUGGUAACACUCUCUCAUGACAAGGUGGUUCAGUCCCUCCUUAUUGCAAAGUCUGUCAGUGAAUGUUCCUUCAGCUCCCUCACUCCGGGCCGCCUCUACAAUGUGACCGUAACUACCAGGAGUGGCAAAUACGAAAAUCAUUCCUUCAGACAAGAGCGGACAGUGCCUGACAAGGUCCAGGGAGUCAGUAUUAGCAACUCAGCCAGGAGUGACUAUUUAAAGGUAUCCUGGGUGCAUGCCACUGGAGACUUUGAUCACUAUGAAGUCACCAUUAAAAACAAAAACAAUUUCAUUCAAACCAAAAGCAUUCCCAAGUCCGAAAAUGAGUGCUUAUUUGUUAAGCUAGUCCCUGGAAGAUUGUACAGUGUCACUGUUACGACAAAAAGUGGACAAUAUGAAGCCAGUGAACAAGGCAACGGGAGAACAAUCCCUGAUCCUGUGAAGAAUCUGACAUUGCAGAAUAGGAGCACUGAGGACCUGCAGGUGACUUGGACACGAGCUGAUGGGGACGUCGACCAAUAUGAGAUCCAGCUGCUCUUCAAUGACAUGAAAGUAUUUCCUCCUUUUCACCUUGUAAAUACCGCAACUGAGUAUCAGUUCACCUCCCUAACACCAGGGCGCCUGUAUAAAAUUCUUGUCUUGACCAUCAGUGGAGAUGUACACCAGUCAGCCUUCAUUGAGGGCUUAACGGUUCCUAGUGCUGUCAAAAAUAUUCACAUUUCUCCCAAUGGGGCAACAGAUAGCCUGAUGGUAAACUGGACACCUGGUGGGGGAGAUGUUGAUUCCUACUCGGUGUCAGCAUUCAGGCAAAAUAAGAAGAUUGAGUGUCAGACUAUCCCCAAGCAUGUCUAUGAGCACACAUUCCACAGACUGGAGGCUGGAGAACAGUACCAGAUCGUGAUUGCCUCUAUCAGUGGGUCCCUGAGGAACCAAAUAGAUGCAUUUGGGCGAACAGUCCCAGCAUCUGUCCAGGGAAUAAUUCCAGACAACGCUUACAGCAGUCAUUCCUUAAUAGUACGUUGGCAGAAAGCAGUUGGUGUGGCAGAAAGAUAUGACAUCCUUCUUCUAAAUGAAAAUGGAAUCCUUCUGAGCAACACAUCAGAGCCAGCCACUGCUAUGCAACAUAAAUUUGAAGACCUAACACCAGGAAAGAAAUACAAGAUACAGAUCCUAACUGUCAGUGGAAGUCUCUUUAGCAAGGAAGCCCAAACUGAAGGCCGAACAGUCCCUGCAGCUGUCACCAAUCUGAAGAUCACAGAGAAUUCAACUAGACACCUGUCCUUCAGCUGGACCACCUCAGAGGGGGAACUCAACUGGUACAACAUCUUUCUGUACAACCCAGAUCGCACUCUUCAGGAGAGAGCUCAAGUUGACCCACAAGUUCAGAGCUUCUCUUUCCAGAACUUGCUACAAGGCCGAAUGUACAAAAUGGUGAUUGUAACUCACAGUGGAGAGCUGUCCAAUGAGUCUUUUAUAUUGGGGAGAACAGUCCCAGCCUCCGUGAGUAACCUCAAGGGGUCCAAUCGGAACAUGACAGACAGCCUCUGGUUCAGUUGGAGUCCAGCCUCUGGGGACUUUGACUUUUAUGAGCUGAUUCUCUACAACCCCGAUGGCAUGAAGAAGGAAAGCUGGAAAGACAAGGACCUGACCGAGUGGCGUUUUCACAGCCUUAUUCCUGGAAGGAAGUACAUGCUGUGUGUGGUAACCCACAGUGGAGAUCUCACCAAUAAGGCCACAGGGGAGAGCAGAACAGCCCCAAGUCCUCCCAGUCUUAUGUCAUUUGCCGAUGUUGCAAACACAUCCCUGGCUAUCACCUGGAAGGGGCCCCCGGACUGGACAGACUACGACGACUUUGAACUACAGUGGUUCCCCCAAGAUGCACUCACUGUCUUCAACCCCUACAGCAAUAAAAAAUCAGAAGGACGUAUCGUGCACGGUCUCCGUCCGGGAAGAUCCUAUCAAUUCAGCGUCAAGACUGUCAGCGGAGAUUCCUGGAAAACCUACAGCAAACCAAUUUUUGGAUCUGUGAGGACAAAGCCAGACAAGAUACAAAACCUGCAUUGCCGGCCUCAGAACUCAACUGCCAUCGCCUGUUCCUGGAUCCCCCCAGAUUCUGACUUUGAUGGGUAUAGCAUUGAGUGCCGGAAAAUGGACACUCAAGAAGUUGAGUUUUCCAGAAAGCUGGAGAAAGAGAAAUCUCUGCUCAACAUCAUGAUGCUAGUGCCUCAUAAGAGGUACUUGGUGUCCAUUAAGGUGCAGUCUGCUGGCAUGACGAGCGAGGUAGUUGAAGACAGCACUAUCACAAUGAUAGACCGCCCCCCUCCUCCACCUCCACAUAUUCGUGUGAAUAAAAAGGAUGUGCUUAUUAGCCAAUCUUCCAUCAACUUUACUUUCAACUGCAGCUGGUUCAGCGACACCAAUGGAGCUGUGAAAUACUUCACAGUGGUAGUGAGAGAGGCGGAUGGCAGCGAUGAGCUGAAGCCAGAACAACAGCACCCUCUGCCUUCCUACCUGGAGUACAGACACAACGCCUCCAUUCGAGUAUAUCAGACCAAUUAUUUUGCAAGCAAAUGUGCUGAAAGUCCUGACAGCAACUCCAAGAGUUUUAACAUUAAGCUUGGAGCAGAGAUGGAGAGCCUGGGUGGAAAAUGUGAUCCCAAUCAGCAAAAAUUUUGUGAUGGCCCACUGAAGCCACGCACUGCCUACAGAAUCAGCAUUCGGGCUUUCACACAGCUGUUUGAUGAGGAUCUGAAGGAAUUCACAAAACCACUCUAUUCAGACACAUUUUUCUCUUUGCCUAUCACCACAGAGUCAGAACCCUUGUUUGGAGUUAUUGAAGGUGUGAGUGCUGGUCUGUUUUUAAUCGGCACGCUGGUGGCUGUCGUGGCCUUACUCAUCUGCAGACAGAAAGUUAGCCAUGGUCGAGAAAGGCCCUCCGCUCGCUUGAGCAUUCGCCGGGAUCGACCAUUAUCUGUGCACUUGAACCUGGGCCAGAAAGGUAACCGGAAAACAUCUUGCCCAAUAAAAAUAAACCAGUUUGAAGGGCACUUUAUGAAGCUACAGGCUGACUCCAACUACCUUCUAUCCAAGGAAUAUGAGGACUUAAAGGACGUGGGUCGAAACCAACCAUGUGACAUCGCACUCUUGCCGGAGAAUAGAGGGAAAAAUCGAUAUAACAAUAUAUUGCCCUAUGAUGCUUCUCGGGUGAAGCUGUCCAAUGUCGACGAUGACCCUUGCUCUGAUUACAUCAAUGCCAGCUACAUUCCUGGCAACAACUUCAGAAGAGAAUACAUCGCUACUCAGGGACCACUUCCUGGCACCAAGGAUGACUUCUGGAAAAUGGCGUGGGAACAGAACGUUCACAACAUUGUCAUGGUGACCCAGUGUGUUGAGAAGGGCCGAGUCAAGUGUGACCAUUACUGGCCAGCAGACCAGGAUUCCCUCUACUACGGAGACCUCAUCCUGCAGAUGCUCUCAGAGUCUGUGCUGCCAGAGUGGACCAUCAGGGAGUUUAAGAUAUGCAGCGAGGAACAGCCCGAUUCACACAGACUCAUCCGCCACUUUCACUAUACGGUGUGGCCAGACCAUGGUGUCCCCGAGACCACCCAAUCCCUUAUCCAGUUUGUGAGAACCGUCAGAGACUACAUCAACAGAACCCCGGGUGCUGGGCCCACUGUGGUGCACUGCAGUGCUGGUGUGGGUAGGACUGGGACAUUUAUUGCAUUGGACCGAAUCCUCCAGCAACUAGACUCCAAAGACACUGUGGACAUUUAUGGAGCCGUGAACGACCUGAGACUUCACAGGGCUCACAUGGUGCAAACCGAGUGUCAAUAUGUAUACCUACAUCAGUGUGUAAGAGACGUCCUCAGAGCAAGGAAGCUACGGAGUGAACAAGAAAACCCCUUGUAUCCAAUCUAUGAAAAUGUGAAUCCAGAGUAUCACAGAGAUGCAGUCUAUUCAAGGCAUUAGGAAUGUACCUAAAGAGCUCCUGGAUAAAAGCUAUUCCCUGUGUGAUUUUUUAAAAAACUUGCUUCAUGCCCUAGAAAGAUGCCGGCUAUUUCUGUUGAUACUAUGUAUAAUUUAUUAAUCUGAAGAAUUUUAAAGAAUUUAUGUAAUUUAAAGGUAACAGAUAUUAUUGUACAUAGUUGUAUUUUGUAGUUUCUUCUGUAAAUAUUUAUUUUUUCAUAAUGUUUAAUAUUAAGCUUUAUAUAAUACUAUUUUUCCACACUAAAGUGUUCAUGGAUUGUUCUACAUAAAGUAAUUUAACCUGUAUGACAGGACUACUGGGAAAAUGUAUAUAGAGGCUAUUGCAGAGGCAAUUCCUUAGGCCGUGAUUUCUACCUAUUUUAAUAGUCACUGCAUAGGCUAAAAGACAGGGUUGGAGAGAACGCAUAGUUUGGCUAGCUUUGCUGUAUGGCUGGCCUAUGGGUCUUGAGAUCCAAAGAUGAUGCACAUGCCUUUUGGAGAAACAUAAUCAUCAAAAACAGGUUUAGAGGGGGGAAAAAGAUGAAGUGGCACCAAGGCUGAUCUGGGUUGUUGUGCCUAAACUAUUUCCUCUUUCUCCGGCCAAGGAUACAAGCCAAAGCGGUCAGCUCGGAGGCCAUGUAACUUGCAAGGCAAACCCAAACUACAGGGUUGGGGGUUCUGAUAGAGUAUGAUCCAAGCAAAAAUGAUGAAGUACUUGUGUUAAGAAGAAUGCGAACUGUACCCCUGAAAGGAAACAAUCAUCGUGAGAAUCAAUCAACAUGCACAGUGCUUGGAGAUUAUUUCACUACAUUCCUAUCAGUAUCCAAAUGAAUACUGGAGGGUGGAGUGUGAACAUUCAUGCCCAUAUUUUAAUGUAUGUGUUGGUUUAUGUGUGCAUAGUAGUCUUCGUAUUAUUUCCAGUGGGCUGCAUUCCUGGAAAAGUCAAAAUUAGGCCAGUCAUACUUGAUUUUCUCACUAAAAUAAGACUAUGGUGGAAGAUUAUGCUCCUGAUCAAUGGAUCUAAUACCAACAUUUUUAAUAGAAAUGUCCACAAACAUCAUAUAUAGUUGAUUAAACAAACAACACAACAACAAGAAACUCAGUGGUGCUUAAUAGAAAAUUUUCCAGAAUCAAUCAGUGAAGUCAAAAUGGCAAAUAGUCACCUAAAGUAAAUUGCAUUUACUAUAAUAGACACUACAAACUCUGCUAAGUUUAUCUUAUGUCAUGCCUUAUUUUGACUAUAACAAAUUUCGGAAGUGGGUAUUGCUUUCAUCAGGGUCCAGUUCCAAGGGUCUCCUGGGGAAAAUUUGAAAGGUAUCUGUAUGGAAUCCUCAUGGCUACCUGAGAAGAUGAGCGAGGAAUAUUUGCCUUUUUCUCAUUACAAAUUUCUCUGUAAUAAACUUAGUAAUUAGAGGUCAAGUUUGUUGAUCUCACACCUUCAUUUGCAGAAAGAAUACAUUUUUUUCAAAGCAUAUAUUUUUGCUACUUACCAUAAAGCCCCAUAAGUAAUAUUGUGGAUAUAAUUUGCCUAGUAACAUCUAAAAUAGCUAUCUAUAGUUAUGUAAAUCUACACCCAAACUAGCAAAAAUGCCAGGGCUAUUUGAAGGUUAUAAAAACGGUAAAAAUCUUCAUAAGAAUAAAUGGGAAGUGUAACAAGAAGAUUCAGAGUUUUCACAGUGUCUUUGUGUUCAAUGCUCUUGUGAAAUGACAGUGUUAAGCUGUGAUUCUGUAUCGGGGAACUAGGCAGAUCUUCUAGAAAUGAAAAGGAACAACAUAUGUGUAAGUGAGGCAGAUGGACCAAUAGAAAAUAAAGGUCAGAGAUUUAUGAGCUAUGGCAUCUAUUAGGAAUAACUUUUCCUACAUUAUUUUAAAAAAGGCAAGACAAAAACAAAUCAGAAUUUUGAACUAAUGUUGCUGGGGCAAAGCACAUUAAUGCAUGGAAAGAUAAAUUCAUAUUCAUAUGCAACAUUCAUUCAGAAAACUUUUAGUAAGUGCCUGCAACCCGAUAUGCACUGUUCCAGAAAACUACACAUUUCUACUCACAUAAGGCGCGCGAGAACAUCCUAAACAUCCUAAUAGUAAUGUUAGGCUUGCUGUACUACCUUCAAUUAAGCUUAAAAGAGGGCUUCAGCAAGGCAGUGAGAUAACUGAGCCAGCCAGUCCAGGACAGCAGCAGCUCCACAGGCCACACACUGGUGAGUGUUGAUGCUGUUUCAGUAGCAAGCUAGUGCAUCUAGAAGAGAGAGCAAUUAAUUGCACAAACCAGGAAUUAAAACUAUAAAAAACCUACACAUCUGUAAUAGUAAAUAACCCUCACAUACCUCGGCCAUGCCUGGGGGUGGAAUCUGAGUUAUGAAAAUGAAUGUGACAAGGGAAAACCAGGUUUUUUUAGUCUAAUCCAGGAAAUGUUUAUUACUACGCUACACCUUUCUAAUUUUAAAUCUCCUUAGCAACAAAUGUUUCACUGUUCUCUCUGAGAAGAGGAAAUACAUAAUCUAGUUGAUCUAUUUAUUAAAUUUUGGAGGGGAAAAAAAGGUUUCAUUGACAUUCAGCCCAACUGGGUGCAUUUUAAUUUAAUCCCAUCAUGUGCUACAUCUUGGUAAACAUUCCAUUUCCUGUCUUGGUGGGCAUCCUGUCUGCGCACCUGUGCCAUGCACUUUAAUUGUGAAGGCAUCAAAGUGCUUUGGACCUAUCAAAGGCUUGGAGAGUUCCAUCUUGCAUCUUAAUAAUUAUUUAUCCAAGUUCUCUAUAAUUAACUCCUUUAAUCUCUUCUCAUUAAAUCAAUUUCUUAUUAUCGUUCUGUUGUUCUCUGGAUGGCAGCCAACUUUUCAACCCUUGAAAUCAGGUAUUUCAAAGACUCACGUUUCUGUCUUGGCUUGCACGUAUUUGUUCUAAGUAAUUUACCAUCUCUUAUCACUUUGAGCCCUCUCUUCACAACUUGCUCCCCUUCCCCCUAUUGAAUGUUUGUUUUCCCAGUCAAAUGUGAUUCUAUUUUUGGCUUAUUUUAUCUCCUUACACCCCUUAGUAUAAUUUCAUAGUCUUUUCAGGCCCUGCUUUACACAAGAAAUGACCAUGAUUCCACUUUUAAAUACUAAAAUGGCCAUAGCUCACAGUUAUGUUGGGGGUAGUUUUAUCUGGGGAGGUGUUUAAUUACUUUUGUUAUUACCUCUUGAAAGAAAGUCCAAAAUGACAUAAAAAUAUAAUAUGCAACCAGUAAGCAGACUCCCAACAAUACAAAAAUACACCUCACAUGUUAUACUUCACACUCUGAUUCUCUUGCUUUGGUGUCUAAGAAUACAGUUCUUAUAUUAAACACUUUUUGCAAUAAAAUUCUUGGGCUGUAUACUAAAUUCUUACUCACUUAGCUUUUGGGGAAUUGUCUGAGGUUGGAAUCCUGAAAUCAUAAACCUAUCAAAUAUGUAUGAUAGGAAUGGUAAGAUUCGAGCACCAACUCUGAAAUGCUCUAGAAAGUGUUUACUUCAUACACAUUGGCCAGACCAAACCAAACUUGGUGGAAAACAAUAGGUAAUAAAUAAGCUGAUCAUUUGGGGUAGCGGUUCAAAGGCUCUCCGGGCUCUCCUUCAUUGAGGAGAUGAAAGUCACUGAUCAGCCAAGAAGAAAUGACUUCUUUUCCCCCAAAGUGGCAGCGAACAAGCCCUCAACAGUACCUCAUCCCUGAAGAGUCAAGUAGAAAGUGCCCUGUCAGUCCAAAUGCCUCGUUAAGUAUCUGAGUGUUUUUAACCUGAAGUUUAGAGUCACAUCAAGUAUUCAAAAAGCAUUUCAUAUCAAAGGAAAAUCUGUAAGCCAUAACUGCAAAAAGCAAGUGAAAUGAUGCAAAGAAGGGAAAACAUUUGAAAAGGGAAGCUAAAAACGUCAUCAAGAGGAGAAAAUGGAAUCCCUUCUGUAUGACUAGAUUGUUCUUUGAAAUUGUCGUCACACGUUUCUAUUAGGAUAUAUUGCCCUUUUGGGUAUUCACUUUGACUACAUUGGCCAAAUGAUUUAGUGGAUAAGACACUGAAUUGACUAAUUUAGCCUUGUGAAUUUACCGGGUGUUUGACUAAAUUUACCGGGUUUGGCAUUCUAAAGACACAGCCUUAGAUUCUCAUAGUGGAUGAUGCCUUUGAAAAUGUUUGGCCAUUUUAGUUAAAUUGCAGAAUAACAUUUGAUGGAGCCAUAAUAAUAGCAAAAAAUCUAUUCUAAAAAUUGUUUCUAGCAAUGAAAAUACCUUUGGCUGAAAGAAUACUCUUGACUUGUAUGAGGCACGAUGGGGAAAUGUAUGCAACAAAAAUAAGGCAUUUUAAUUUUUGAAAGAUUGCCUAUAUAGAUACAUUCAUUCAAUAAGAUAAUUGUUGGUGAAUGCUCCUAAAAUGGGUUUAUGUAAUGGAGAUAAAAGGUCUAUUAACAGAUUUAUCAAAGAUUAUUUUCAUAACCUAAGUGAUUAAGAGCUUGGCUGUUAUCCAAAACAUCAGCAGUUCAAAUCCACCAACCGCUCCUUGGAAACCCUAUGGAGCAGUUCUACUCUGUCCUAUAGGGCCACUAUGAGUUGGAAUUGACUCAAUGGCAAUGGGUUUGGUUUUGGUUUUGAUUUACAUGCCAAUGCAUAUAGGGACCAGUCCCUGAAGAAAGACAUCAUGCUUGGUAGAGUAGAGGGUCAGCAAAAGAGGAAGACCCUCAAUGACAUGGAUUGACUCAGUGGCUGAAACAGUGAGCUCAGACACAGCAACGACUGUGAGGAUGGUGCAGGACCAAGCAGUGUUUCCCUCUGUUGUACAUAGGGUCGCUAUGAGUCAGAACUGACUCAAUGGCACCUAACAACAUAUGCCAAUGCAUAUGAUUUUAUAUAAGAUACCAAAAUAAGUUAUGCAAAACUGUGAAUAAUGUCAUACAAAUGCAAUUUGUCCCUUCUAGAAUAUUCACAAGAAGGAUUAGUUAUGGCUGUUUUGUGCCUUAAGUAAUUUCUUUUAAAAAAUACUAUUCUCACCCUAAGAGUAAGCUUUCUGUUAUGCUCAAAAUGCUGUGUUUUAAUAGCUGUGUAUGUAGAUAAGCAUCCCAUUAGAAAGGGAGUAUGUGCAAUUGUGGCUUUAUGAGUUUGUAGCAGAGUUGGGCAGUGUUCUGUCCACAAGCUAGUGGACAAGUCUGCAACAGCCUUCGUGGCACUUCCUGGUCGACCACACCAACAAAAGGGUGCACCAAUGUUCUUACCUGAAGAAUACUUGAAGAUCCCUGCUCUUCCAUGCUGAGCUCCUCAGGCUUUAAGUUCUUCAAGGACAAGAACCAAGUCUUUAAUCUCUUCUCUACCUUGUAGAGAUUGGUGCACAGCUCAUAUAUUAUAUUCAACGUACACUGUUUGAGUGUAAAUUGCCUGAUACUUUGGAUGUAAGGUAGUCAAUGUCUAAUAAUACUAUUACUUGUGGGGGUUCAUCCGGCUAUUCCUUGUGAAGCUUAAAUAAAUAAUGUAAAUGAUUCCAGCAACUGAGCUUAUUAUGUUCUAUAGUAGAGCACUUUUGUUUUACAUCAUUUAUUCUUUCUCUGCAAAUCUGGUUAUUUAAAAUGGUAGUAGACGAUUCUUUCUUUCUUUUUUCCCAUACUAUUGCAUCCAACCACAGUAUUUGCGUUUCUAACUAACUCUAUUUGAACAGAGAAUUUCAUUAGUCCUGCUUAUUUAAAGUAUGUAUUUGUUUAUUUUCAUAUGUGUAACUGUGGCCAAGAAAUCUAUGUAGUACCUUACAUACCCUCUCACUAGCACAGGAAUAAAACUGCUGUUUGUUGAAGCAGA